AUAAUUUAACAAUUAGUCCCGGAUUUUCAGGAAAAUGUCCCGGCGGCGAUGUGACAUCAAUUUAAAAGACAUAGAGGACGAGAAAAGACUCGUAGAAGUAACAAAAUCAGGAGAUUACAACGAGGCAGAAAGACUUCUGCAAUAUGGGGUGUCUCCAGAUACGACCGAGUAUAACAGACAAUUGUUUUACCAGUCCGAAAAUUACAUGACACCGCUCCAUUUUGCAACUGUGAAAGGAUUUCCAAGGCUUUUAAAACUGUUCAUUAGUAAAGGGGCCAAUGUGAAUGCGAAGGACAGGUUUGAUGUGACACCACUACAUACAGCAGCAGAGCUUGGACAUGAGGAAUGUUUGGCAUUGUUGCUAGAAGGAGGGGCAGAUUGUAACAUUAGUACAAAGUACUCUAAGCAUGGGUCAUAUACUGCUGUACCGCACCCUGGUGGAACCACUCCACUGCAUCUAGCAGCUGCUAACAAUCAUGUGAGCUGUGUUAAGUUACUGAUCUGGAAUGGAGCAGAUUAUAACGCCGUUGAUGAGAGAUGUAGAACCAGUCUGUAUCUAGCUGCACAGCAAGGAUUUGCUCCGUGUGUUCAUGCUCAUCUUGAUAAUGCAAUAUGGAAAGAUAUUCUGUCUCUCCCAGAAAAGCAUACAGGUGAUACACCUCUCCAUGAAUGUGUGCGGAAAAACCUGCUGGACUGUAUCAUAAAGUUACUAGAACGAGGCUCUGAUGUGAAUCAUUUAAACCAGACAGGAUUCUCUCCCUUGCACCUUGCCAUUCGUGCUGGUGAAAACUUCAACAUAGACGUUAUAAAAUCUCUCAUCAUAAAAGGCUACAACACAAAUGUGAAUCUCCCAGAAACUACAAAUUGUUUUACGCCACUACAUUACGUGUGUUUCAAUGAUGCCCAGCAUCAGGAGCGACGGCCUGAAGUAGCUGUACUACUUCUUGCUUAUGGUGCAAAUUACAAUGUCAGAAAUAAACAUGGUGACAGUGUCCUAGUUAGUGAACUUAGAGGUCGCCAUAGAGACACAACUAUACUCAGUGCAAUAGCUAAAUGCAUGACACACCUACCCAGUCUUGAUGCUUUAGGGCUUGGGGCACUGCAUGCAAAUCAAAAUCCAUUAAUGAUGCCCCCACCCCCACAUCCCCCACCCCCUGCACACCUUAUUCGUCAGGAUCACCAGGACUUUCGACAGCAUCAAAUGAACAUGGCAAGAUUGUGGUCAGAAAACCAACAGGCUAAAUUCGCUUGGUAUAAAGAAAUGUUAAAAGGACCAAGAAGUUUGCAGCAUUAUUGCCGCUGUGUAAUUCGGAACAGUAUGGGCCCAAAAAGACUGAGAAAAAUAGAUGUUCUGCCUUUACCAACAACAAUGAAAGAAUUUUUAUUAUUAGAACAUGAGGAGUUAAGGUGAUGGUUAUAAUCUUUAAGCAGUGAAGGAAUGUAUAAGGAUAUACUCCUUUCCGUUGUUGUAACUACACAGCUACUAAACCCUAGCUCCACCACCCAAAAGUGGUGAUAAGGAAACGGCUUAUUUGUGUGCACAGAAAUGUUCUUAUAGGGCGUCUAUGCAUCAAAAUGUUGUUGGAAUACUGGCUGACACCAAAAUUGUGUAAAUGUCAAUCUGGAGAAAAGGUUUUGGCAUAGCAAUGUACAUAAAUAACUUACUGAAAAUCUAGUCAGCCAUUAAAAAUGUUCUUACAAAGCACCACAUUCUCAUAUUUUCAAAGUAAGUUCUAUCACUAAGAAUAGAAGAUAAAUUGUUUACAGUUUGAACAUGGUGGUGGCUGUACAAGCGAAAUGUCUGCAGUCCCUUUUCUUAUCACCACUUUUUGGUGGUGGAGCAAACAUUUAGUAGCCAUGACCUCGUAUUUUCCAUUUUCUCUAAAAAAAGGAGGGCAAGCACUUUUUGUUUCCCCUCCAAAUUUUUUCAAAGGUGGGAGCUCUUGGAUUUGCCCUUGUCCGUCCAAAUUUUGUUGUGCCUAUCUCAAAAAGUAUUUGACCUAGAGACAUCAAACCUCAGGGUUGUUACUAAGCAUGUAACGUUGUGCACAUGGUGUUUUAAAUAGGAUUUUACACAGCCGGACCAGAGUUGUGGCCAUUUACUUAAAUCAAAAAUAUGCAUACAGUGACAGGAGUGGGGGUACAAGUGUCUUAUGGACACACAUCUAGUUUUUACUGUGUUGAUCAUGGGAAAAUUACAUGUCUCAGUGUCUUGGAGGGUUUUAUUGAUUUAAUUUUAAGUUCAUUUGGAAGUUACAUGUUAAGAGAUGCUGUUAAACUGCUUUUGAACAUUCUGUGAAAUUGUAAAUAUUUGCUGAAGACUAAUUUUUGUGGAAUUCU